UACGCUUAUAUUUCUCUUGGGUAGUCCAGAAAUCAUACGCGAUCGUUGACGCCUCUUGUUAACAAAAAAUGGCGUCUACACUCAUUUAAUUUUCACACAGUCAAAUUUAUGUAUAUGUAGCGUUUGAUGACAUUUGUGUGGCAUACCAGGAAAUUGGAGAAAGGAAAUAUCAUCAAGAGAGACGGAAACAGGAAAAGCCACAAUGACGACUUGCGUGGAGACUGUACAAUGUUGUUCAGUUGACCACCAUUAAUAAACCACUCAACACUUCGUGCAUAAACACACCUGUCAUUCAAUGUGCAGUCGACUCGAAGUCAAUAGACUGCUAUGUAAGUUGUCUCCCCCCCCCGGGAAGUUAUCUCUCUGUUGCCAACGUUACCGAUGAAGAUGCAAGCGCCCCGGACAGAGUGUGGAAGCUACCGUGCUUAAAGCUCUGUGGUUUGAGAGCGAUGGUAAUGCAGUCUUUGAGAUAUUUCAGUGACAUUGCAAUACUACAAGUAGAAGUGGACGGUUGCCAUUAUAGUGUUCGAGUUUAAUUGCUGUCUUUUGGUAAUGUGACGCCCCCACGUUGGAGCUGUGACAUUUAACUUGAUAUGUUAUCACUACCAACCCUGCCUACAUUUGUAAAUUAACAGCCUCGAUAAGGAGCAGCUCGCUUCGCAGUGUGGCAAUUGAAAGUAAUUACUGUCCAAAGAACACGCUUCGAUCGGAUUCCUGAUGGUCAUUUUUGAUUGCCUCAAUUUCUGAUCAUCAAAUGCCGGCAUUGUCUGUUGCUGAGAGACCUUUUCGUUACCCGUUCGAGGCACGGCUUCUAGACGACGCUGAAAAGCAUGCUUACGAUAUUACGUUUUUACAUAAAUAGUGCAUGACGGCGGCUGUCGCGUCCCAGCACUGCAGCCGCUGAUUAAGCCCGACCGUGCGUAAGUUGCGUUUUGCCCGCUCCGUAGCCCGCGGCACGUGGUGGCCCGCGUCUCCAGAAGUGUUGUUUUGUUGGGUGCACCGGGCUACAUUUUAUUACAUGGGCUGCAGAUGUCUAUUGAGCGGUGUCGUUCUGUUGCUUCGGUCGUCCGGACCUCUCGCUCGAUGCACCGGCGGGGGGGAAUUUGGCGAGGAUAAGGUGACAUCAAACGUAGAUUCUGUGAUGACUACGGUGAAGAUGCGUUCUGAUGAUAGUCGUCUUUAUAUGAGAUGGAUCAGUCGCGCGGAGCCGACAGGUGUAAUGGCCGUCAACAGAGAGCUAAACGCAGCCAGCUUCGAGAAAUCCUGGAUGAUUUAGAUCGUCAGGACCGGGCCUUGCUACGGGUGUCUCACGACUUGCUGGACGCCAUCGCCGCGCUGAAGGAAGCCCACGAGUUGUCGGUCAAGCACAGCCGGUCAGGGUCGUGGACGAGCUCCAUGGUGCGCGGCGAGUCGGCGGGAAACGCCGGCACGGGGUCGACAGGGGCGACACCCGAAGUAGGCAGCGCCGAAGUUUGGACUUGCUCAACGGAAACAAGCAGUUGAGAGAGAUAUUCUGGACAGUUUUGAAAAAGGCUUACUUUUCUCGGGACGCCUUUGGACACACUCGUAGUAUACCAUGCAUUUAAGCUAAUCCAAAAAUUUACCUUCAUGAUCACUGUUAAAAAAUAGUAUUACAGUGUUCGUACCUUUUUCCCAGUACAAAAACCUGGCCUGACUUUGACCUGCCGAAGUGAGUUGGACCAGGAACCCCGGCUUCUGUUUGGCCUGAUACUUUCCGGCAUUAACGAGUGGCACCCGUACCGAGGGUAUUUUCUGGGAUGUCUUUGAUCAUGCGUCAUACCGGCUGACCCCCUUUCUGGUUCGGCAGGUGGGUCAUGGCACGCACACCAUUGGUUCCUGUAAGUCUUUGCCAAAUGGGCUGACCUGGAAUACCGGGUUCCAGCCAGUUGAUCUACUCAGCUAGACGAAACUGUCCGUAACACGGGUUUUGGGCCGACAAAUAGUUCUGAAAGGUGCGGUGCAGACGGUGUCAGAUGGGGAAACUUUCAGGCUAUGUCCAAACAUGGUCCGCAACGAGUUUCCAGAGCAAUGGCUACGUCUAUUACCAACGUGUCCCUGUGUAAACGGUGGAUGAGGACCUAGACCUAGCUCUGAAUAUUAGAUUCGAAUGAAGCCCUUUUCGUUUAGACGAAUCCUGGUACUACGCUAUCUCAGUCUGUACACUCUAAGAAGGCCCUUGUUAUGGUUGAACCGUUGUUCCAGCUGCGGAUCACUUGUGUCUCACUGUAUUGGGGAUUUUCUAAUACCAAGCUUCGUCUCCAUUGCGGAAGUUCGCCCGAUUAUUACACCCUUAACUUUGAAACCCAAUCUUGAGUCGAGUAUCGCUAAAUACGGAAACAUCCAACUAUUUACAAUGUUCACUCAAAGUUAGACGCUUUCAUUCUUUUGUCUUAUUUGAAUAUCGGAGGAAUACGGGCGGUUUUGGGGAAAAAAAACAGGGACGGACGGAUACGAGAAUACACAAUGAUUAUCACAAGAGGGCGCUAUCGGUAGUAAUCGCUGCAACGAGUAAUUCUUGCCAAGCAAGCACAGAUGUAACGUCCAUGGACCCACGUGGUUGCGAUUUCUAUGGUGAAAAGGUGUACGUGGGAGUGAGUUCUUAGAAAAGGGGAAGGUUUUCAUGGUGAAAGAACUGUAUGAGUAAAAACGAUUGCGGUUACGCCAUGGAUCAGUCUCUUUCUUGAGUAUGAGUGGUUCUGAGUUAUUCCCCGGUUCUUCUCAGAACCACACAUACUCAAGAAAGAGAUUGAUCCAUGUUGUAACCGCACUACUCAUAUAGUCCGAAAUUUGUUUGCGAACUUGUCGUGCUUACUUAAUGACGAACCGUAAUAGAAUAGAGCAGAGAAGCCAUAAGUCGGGUGCAUUUGUGUCGUACAUGUAGUUUAUGUAAGUUAUGUGCAAAUAUGCGACAGGGUAUUGAUUCGUGGGCCUAGUGUAAAUAGAGGGCCCCCACCAAGUUGAAUAUUCACUCACAAUUUCGUACCUUUUUGUAGCUUAGUUUCCGCAUGUAUUGCUUUAAAAAGGCCUGAAGUAAAGUCUUGAAUAAAAUAUUUCAGUUGAUUAUUGUAAACUUGA